ACAUCACAUAACGUUCAGACUUCGAAUCCCCUUUCUGUUAAAUUCUUAAAAUAUUAGGCUAUGAGAGAAAAGCUUCCUGCCUUUUUCUCUCUGCCUUUCUAACUGAAACUCUCUCAUACUCCCACUCUAGCGCUAUGGAGAGACACAUGCUACCACGAGCUCCCGGCGUCCCUUGGAUAGAAGAAGUUGAAGACGCAGCAUCUUGGACCAGAACUAACAACGAAGGUGAGUCCAAGGACCAGGACAUUGCCUUGGGAGGUCCACUAACGUCCUUCAAAUCCAUGCUCGAAAGUGAAUGGUACAUGGAUUCUGCUAUCAAUUCAUCUCAUCACAAUCUCCCUGGUCUCCCAGUUCACCAAGAAACCAGAGAUAUUGGUUUUUGUUCGAAUCCAAAUGACAAUUUCCUGUUGCAGCCUAUAGAUUCAUCUUCUUGUUCACCGUCAUUCACUAUCGACCCGGCGCAGUCACAGCCAUAUUUACCACCCAAAUCGUGCUUCCCUUCUCUCUUCAAUGCUGUUUGCAACAACCCUUUUGAGAAUAAUGGCUUCGAUUUGGGCUCUGAAAGUGGCUUUCUCGGUCACUUCCAGGGAAACCAGACUUUGAGUUCCCAUGUUCUGAUGGGAUUUUCGGGCCUGAAUACUCAACCCCAGAUGGGCAACCUCGAGAUCAGUUCAAGCAAUGAAUUCCCAGCAACUAGGCUAUUGCCUGCUGCUGACAAUGGCAUCACAGUUGGUGGAGGAUUUAGUCCAAUGGGCUUGGAAGGAUACGAUGGUUCCGGAAAUGCUCUGUUUUCUAACAAGGCUAAGGUUCUAAGACCACUUGACGUUUUCCCUCCUGUUGGUGCUCAACCCACUCUCUUUCAGAAGCGAGCUGCGCUUCGCCAAACCUCUGGCGGAGCUGAUAAAUUGGGUUCUUUAGAAAUUUUGCCGUCUGUAUUUAAUGAUUAUUCAAACAUGGAGAAGAAGAGGAAGCAAGAAGACGGCGAAAUCGAAGAAGCCAGCAUCGAUGCAUCUGGCCUAAAUUAUGAUUCUGACGACUUUAAUGAGAGUAAUAAGGCGGAGGAGAAUGGGAAUAACGGCGGAAGCAAUUCUAAUGCAAACAGUACUGUUACGGGGGGAGAUCAGAAGGGGAAGAAGAAGGGGUUACCUGCGAAAAAUCUCAUGGCCGAGAGAAGGCGCAGGAAGAAACUAAAUGAUAGGCUAUACAUGCUUCGCUCGGUUGUGCCGAAGAUUAGUAAGAUGGAUAGGGCUUCCAUACUUGGGGAUGCAAUUGACUACUUGAAGGAGCUGCUUCAGCGGAUCAACGAUCUUCAUAAUGAGCUGGAGUCAACCCCAACUGGUUCACUGCCACCACCUUCUGCAAAUUUCCACCCUUUGACGCCCACUCUCCCAACCCUUCCCUGCAGGGUUAAGGAAGAACUUUGCCCUACUUCCCUGGCGAGCCCUAAGAACCAACCCUCGCGAGUAGAGGUUAGGUUAAGGGAAGGGAGAGCUGUGAACAUCCAUAUGUUUUGUGCCCGCAGACCAGGACUUCUUCUUACGACCUUGAAGGCUUUGGACAGCCUUGGAUUGGACAUUCAGCAGGCUGUUAUCAGUUGUUUCAAUGGCUUUGCUUUAGAUGUGUUCCGAGCUGAGCAAUGCAGGGAAGGCCAGGAUGUUGCCCCCGAGCAAAUUAGAGCAGUAUUGUUGGAUUCAGCGGCUUGCCAUGGAAUGGUGUGAGUGAAGUUCACGAGAGAUGGUCGUCUUGCCAACAGAGGCACCGGCUGUGUUGCGGAACUCCAGGCGGUUAAAUGCCGGAUCUUGUCCUCUGUGAAGGUCACGAUCAGAUGGUUUGGCUAAUAGAUUUGUAGGUUGAGGGGUUAGGUUCAGCAUUUUUCUCAAUUAUGUUUUUGAUCGGAUCAGACUUGUGCCUUUAUCUUGAAUAAUCAUGGAAUGACCUCUUUGUUUCCU